AUGUCCGAGGAGGAGACAGAGGCUGCCCUGGUCGGGGCGGAGCUCCCACGAUCGGACAUCCGCGAGAGCGGCAGCUGCGCAGCUGGAUCUGGGGCCGCCGCGCCAGACGGCACCGCGCCCGCGGCGGUCGACGUGGCCGCGAAGAAGGGGGGAAACGAAGAUGGUCCCGAUCAAGAUCGACCACUUGACUGGCCAAUUUUCCAGCGCCGCUUGCUAUCCGAGGAUGGGGCAACCAUCGAGCCGACGGGGGCGCGGCCGCUGGCGGACCGCGCGCGCGGGCGACCCGAGCAGACGCGCGAUCGAUCUGCCGGGGCGGCUCGCGCUGCCAGCGGCAGGGCCGCCGAGUCCAAAUCGCCGGUUGCCGCGUCGCCCUCUGCGAGCCCGCCCAUCGACGACCUGGGCGCGGCAGAGGGCUGUUCGCGCGACGAAGAAUCGUCGGCCAUCAACGCGGGCGGGCAGCCGCAGAGGUCGCGGGAAACGAUCGGCCGGGGCCUGUCCUGGAGCCAGCGCGGCACCGCGUGCCCAGGGGCCGGACGACGACGGUCGGGCCCCGCCGUGGAGCUGAGGCGGGGCGGGACACCUGACCCCCAGGCCGAGAACAGACGUCUGCACAUGCCGGCCAAGCGGCGCAUUGAUAAUUGGCAGCGGGGGCACAUCCGCAACCUGCGCGUCCGGUCGACGGUGGAACCGGACAUGACCAAAGGGCAGUGCGCCCAGCUGCUGCUGGGGGUCUGCGACAGCUUCGGAUCCGCGACCAUCGCGGCUACGCUCAUGAACAGGGUAGCGGUGGCCCAUUUUCAUCGCCAUCGGGAAGGCACGGGGCGCAUUCCCGACCUCAUGGACCACGCGCGCAAGGUCAAGUCGAUCCCGCGGCAGGGGCCGGCAGUCACGCCCUCAUUCGCGAUGCCCCUCCUGCGCCCGGUCACAGUCCUGCUCCCGUCGGCCAAGUCUGCGACCAGUUGUGCGCUGAUCCGCUGCGACGACGACAUAAAUCUGAGCCACCUUCCCCGCCGCGAGUGCAACGUCUCCAGCUUGAGCGAGGUGCAUAUCGUAUGGCCGCACGCUUCGACGGUGCUGGCCGCGCUGAACGAGGUCGCCAGCAAGCCAGCGGACGUAGCGAAGGACCGCCUCCUCCAGGUGCUCGGCAUGGGCCCCGACGACACGGCGGUCAUGGAUUGCUCCGCCGAGCGUAAGCCCGGCCUCGAGGAUUUCGAGCACGCCAUGUACGCCGCCAUCUUCGCCAGGCUCGAGGCCGAUGACGAGGCGAAAGAGGCGGAGGUGGUGCGGCUGCUGGACGCCGGCGCGGCGCUGGUGGUGGACCUGUUUGAGAGGGCAGCGCGGCCAGGCGCCUCCCAGCCAGAGACCGACCGGUGCAAGUUCUGGUGGACGAUGUUGAUGAGCGUGACCGAAGACGCCUCGAAGCUCAUCCCCAGCAGGCACCUCGAGGGGCUCGUGUCGGACUGGGAGCGCAGCCUGCCGCGGCUCCGCGCUGCCUUCCUGGCGAUGGCCGACCAGCGACUAAAGGAGUUCGACGCGAAGCAGUUGGCUGGGGCGGCAGCCUUGGAGGACGUCGAUGACAAGGAGAAGAAGAGGAUAGACGACAGGAAGAAGUUGAUCGGCGUCCUCGGCGUUUCUCCCAACGGGAUCCUCUGCCUCGCGCUCACGUCGCUGCUGAAGCAGCUGAGCUCCCGGCUGUGCAGCUCGCUGCACGCCCCGCUGCGCGCGAGGAUCGUGUUGCUGCUGGAGCAGAUAUCGAUGGACCACAAGGCCAUCGCCAACAAUCAGAAGCUUCGCUCGCAGGAGUGGACGAAGGUCGAGGAUUUGGACGCCGAGGCGGACGCUGGCUUCCCUGAACCGCCACCCGUCGUGGAGCAGGUCGCCGAGGCCGCGGCACCGGCAGCCGAGGCAGCCGCGCGCGCCAGUGCAGUCUGCGCGCGCACGGUCUCGUUUCGCCUGGUGGCCUUCGGUGGCCGAGGUGGUCUCACCACGGCCCCACUGGCGAGGGGCAAUAGGCGCCGCGCAGCGCGCGUUGGCCAGCGGGCUCUCGGGCCGCGCGGCUGGAGACG